AUGCAUUUGUUCAACGUCAUUACCUCUUGUGCUGUACUCUCCACAGCUUCAGCGGCUGUCAUCCCUCGGAUACUGACGGAAUUCGAGCCUAAAGGGGGAAUGGGCACUUUGCCCCAGAUCAUUCCAACCGCCGACACCAUCAUCACGGACUUGACCGCCCUUGACAAGGCCAUCACAAAUCUCACCGAAGUCCUUCAAAGCCCCUCCGGUGGCAUCAUCAAAGCAAUCUCCGACAUCUCCUCUGUCAUCUCCCACACCAUCUCUAUCCAGUCCGCCAACCGCCAGGCCAUGUUGGACGUGCAGGAGCUUGACACCGUAUUCUCCGCCUCAGAUUGUUCGUCCAUUAUCAACAAGCUCAAGAACGAUGUGUACCCCCACGCCCAAACGGCUCUUAACUAUCUUGGACAGGCCAAAUCCGAAGGCCUUCUCAACGCUCUGGCCUCGAAAUUCGCCGUCCUGCCAUACCUCAAUGUUCUUAGUAGCGAAUACGACGGCUUCGGCUCUGGUCUUCUCAAGUACAUCGACGCGGGCUCCCAGGCUGAGGCCAAGAGCGUCCUGGACAAUAUCAAGAAUCUCUUGGCCAGCACCAUCUCGACCUACUCCGGCUGA